GACUUUCCUUCUGUUUACCUUCCGUUUUCUCUCUCUCUAAAUCCUGAAUUAUUUCUCUAUCUUCGCCGGCCACAAAACAAAACCCAACAAAAAAGUUAGAAAAAAAAAACGACACUUGAAUAUUUGCGAAGAAACGAAACGAAACGAUAAUAAUAAUUAGAUUAGAGUUGAUUAGACUUUCUUUGUAUUUUCUUCUUCUUCUUCUUUGUGUGUUUCUAUCUUUGUUCAUCUGUUGAAUAAAAGAGAAGAUUAAAGGCGGAAAAAAUAAUCAUUAACCAAUUCGAUGGUGGCCAGAGGCGUGCCGGCGGAGGCGGUUAUGGCUGUGGUCGCCGCCCUUAACUUGACGGAGACAUCGAACUGGUGGCAAGAUAUCAACAACUCUCCUCUCUGGCAGGACCGCAUCUUCCACCUCCUCGCCGUCCUAUACGGAAUCGUAGCCGCCAUCGCUCUGGUUCAACUUGUUCGAAUACAAUUGAGAGUACCGGAAUAUGGUUGGACAACGCAGAAGGUCUUUCACUUUCUCAAUUUUUUCGUGAAUGGGGUUCGAUGUUUUGUUUUCAUUUUCCGUCGAGAUGUGCAGAAGUUACAACCAGAGAUUGUCCAACAUAUCUUACUUGACAUGCCCAGUCUUGCUUUCUUUACCACAUAUGCACUUUUGGUCCUCUUCUGGGCUGAGAUUUAUUAUCAGGCACGAGCUGUAUCUACCGAUGGUCUUAGACCAAGUUUCUACACGAUUAAUGCCGUCGUUUAUGUUAUUCAGAUUGCUUUGUGGUUGAUAUUAUGGUGGAAACCUAUCAGCAUGCUGGUCAUUUUGUCGAAGAUGUUCUUUGCAGGGGUUUCUUUGUUUGCGGCCCUUGGAUUUCUACUCUAUGGGGGGAGAUUAUUCUUGAUGCUACAACGCUUUCCUGUUGAAUCCAAGGGUCGUCGCAAGAAGCUUCAAGAGGUUGGCUAUGUGACUACCAUAUGUUUUUCAUGUUUCCUUAUCAGAUGUGUUAUGAUGUGCUUUAAUGCAUUUGAUACCUCUGCUGACCUUGAUGUCUUGGACCAUCCCAUUCUAAACCUUAUAUAUUACCUGUUGGUGGAAAUAUUGCCUUCUUCUUUGGUCCUUUUCAUUUUGAGGAAGCUACCACCUAAGCGUGGAAUCACACAAUAUCACCCGAUUCGCUGAAAAGAACAACCUAUGGCGAAAACUUAGUCAUAAGGCGUCUUUAGCAGUUGGAUGUUUCUGCACUCCAAGGAUCAUUUCUAGAGGACAGAGAAGUCAGUGUUUUGUAUGUUGAGUGAAAAAGCUAAUAUCUUGGUUUUAAAGUUCUCCCUUAAGGUUUGUAGCUUAAGAAACAUGACAUUUUACGGAUUGUCAAACGUGUUGGGCUGUUAUGUAUAAUAAGAUAUAUUUGCAUUGUCUCUGGGAAAAUGUCGUUACCUUCUCAGGUUCAGCAAUUCAACACAACGAGCAUACUUUUUUGGGAGAAUGGGACACUGAUAUUGUAUAAUAGUUUUAAUUCCAGUAACUGUUACAAGUCGGUGAAAUGUACUGUGAUUUUUCAGCUACGAUCUAAAUAUUUCAUUCAAUUGUUUUACA